AUGGUGCACCGUACCUAUCGUCUUUUUUAAUAUGGAGCUAACAUGUUUCUUGGAUCCCGAUAAGAAAAAGAAAAAAAGUUGAGCCUCAAUUUUAGAACUUUCACUUCCAGCAUUCUAAGAAACUGCAUACCUGUCGCAAAUCCCUACACAGAUAACAGGCACCAUGGUUCGCAAACUCAAGCACCACGAGCAGCGCCUGCUCAGGAAAACAGAUUUCAUUACCUGGAAGCAGGAUAACAAUCACAGAGAUGCGGCUGUGAUACGACGGUACAUGAUCCAAAAGCCAGAAGAUUACCACAGAUACAACAGAAUAUGCGGUUCUCUGCGCCAACUCGCCCAUCGACUAAGUCUCCUCCCCCCCGACAACGCCACACGGAGGAAACACGAAGAACUACUCCUAAACAAGCUCUACGACAUGGGGAUCCUGUCGUCCGCCUCCAAGCUUUCCAACGUCGAACACAACGUCACGGUCUCUGCCCUGGCGCGCCGCCGACUACCUGUGGUGAUGACGCGCUUGCGCAUGGCCGAGACGGUGCAAGCGGCUACGAAGCUCAUCGAGCAGGGGCACGUGAGAGUAGGCGUCGAACCUGUCACCGACCCGGCGUUUUUUGUCACCAGGAACAUGGAGGACUUUGUGACGUGGGCCGUGGGAAGCAAGAUCAAGCGGAACAUCAUGAAGUACCGCGACAAGCUCGACGAUUUCGAGCUGCUAUGAGUGGAGUAAUUCUAAGCACAGGACUUGGCAGGUUUUCCUCGCCUUGGACGUACUACCUACCCUAAGGUCGAUUUGUAUAUAGCAUGGCGUUUUGGGGCUCAAGAAGGGCAGGCAAUGGAUCGAAUUGAUCAACAAAUAGAUGAAAACAUGGAAGAUAAUUCUUGAUUUCCAUUGAAGAAGAGCACAUAUUCAUGACAACCUCCAGAGUGCUUACUCAUCGUAGAAUUUCAAUCUAACUACAGC